UCUCCCAUCUCAUGCUAAUUUUGAAUUGGACUUCAUAUUUGCUUAGAUGGUCUGGAGUUUCCUGUUCUUAAGAAUAAGUCUCAUACUACACAGAUAGCAAGAUGAGUUCCUUAAUAGAAACCCCUGAGCUGCCGGCGGUGUUUGAUGGGGUUAAAUUGGCUGCUGUCGCUGCUGUUCUUUACAUUAUUGUUCGUUGCCUGAAUCUGAAGAGCCCAACUGCCCCUCCUGAGCUCAUAUACCAAGACACACCUUUAGCCCGCUUCCUAAUCAAAACGUGCCCUCUCCUAACCAAAGAGUACAUUCCACCUUUGAUCUGGGGAAAGAGUGGGCACAUUCAGACUGCCCUUUACGGGAAGAUGGGGAGAGUAAGUUCACCACAUCCUUACGGGCUUCGCAAGUACCUCACCAUGUCAGAUGGUGCCACAGCCACUUUUGACCUCUUUGAACCACUAGCUGAAAACAGCAGCAAAGAAGAUAUCACAAUGGUCAUCUGCCCUGGAAUAGCUAACCACAGUGAGAAGCAGUACAUCCGAACCUUUGUUGACUAUGCUCAAAAGAAGGGCUACCGAUGCGCUGUGUUAAAUCACCUCGGGGCCCUUCCAAAUAUUGAGCUGACUUCGCCACGCAUGUUCACGUAUGGUUGCACCUGGGAAUUUGCCGCUAUGGUGACCCACAUCAAGAAGACAUAUCCUCAGUCCAACCUUGUUGUUGUUGGCUUUAGCCUGGGUGGAAAUAUAGUGUGCAAAUAUCUUGGCGAGUCCCACAUUAACCAGGACCGGGUGCUCUGUUGUGUCAGUGUGUGUCAGGGGUAUAGCGCAUUGAGGGCCCAGGAAACCUUCAUGCAGUGGGACCAGUGCCGGAGAUUUUACAAUUUCCUCAUGGCGGACAACCUGAAAAAAAUAAUCUUGUCUCACAG